AUGUUCUCAUCCAAGAUAGUCUCUCUGGUAUGCGACAGAGUGAAGACUUCACUUUCUGUUGGACACCAGUCCAUCUUUCAGGUUAGAACUGCUACGAAAAGAGCAGGUGGUUCCAGAACGCAUAUGAAAGAUUCUGCUGGUAGACGUCUUGGCCCUAAAAAACACGAGGGGGAAUCCGUCAAUGUCGGAGAGAUCAUUAUGAGGCAACGUGGAACAAAAUGGUACCCGGGUGAGAACGCCGGAAUUGGAAAAGACCACACCAUUUUCGCUCUAGAACCGGGAUUUGUUAGAUACUAUCUUGAUCCUUUCCAUCCGAAGCGCAAAUUCAUCGGAGUCGUGUUGAGUGAAGGUGAUAAGUUGCCAUACCCUCACUUUGACCCAAGAAAGAGAAGAUUUGGCCGUCAUAUAAUAAAGAAGCCUGAGGCAGCCGAAGCCGAGCUCGAGUUUCAAAGCCGUAAAGAGUCUCAAAUCCUUCCUGAAUUGUUGAAAGGUGCUGAAGAACGUCAACAGAAACGCGAAGCCAGACUGAUCCAGCUAAAAGACCAGCUUUCUCAAUUUAUUGAGUUGGAGUCAGAGGAACUAAAGAACCUGGCUGCUGGUAGAUUGCUUCAAAUUGACAGAUUCUUGAGAGGUGGAAAGUCGCAGGAAGACGCUCAAUUCCAUACCACCUACAAUCAUCUAUAUGACUUGAAGUUGCAGCUACGCAGAAACGAGAUUUCGCAAGAGCAGUACGACACUUUGUCGAGCCAAUACAAGUCAUUAGCUGAGUCGGUGGACUCCAAUAUCAUGUUCGAUGCAUUCUUUGAGCUCUGUGCGUACAAAACCCCAGAAACAAUUAAAUCAAACCAAGACGCUGCCAUUGCUGAGCUCGAUAAACUGGUGAUUCCUAACCAACCUCGCACGAAAGAAUUGAAAGAACAAGUAUAUGCUAUUCUCAGAAGCCAGGACAAUUGCUUCACUCUUUCCCAGCAAUUAGCUCUGAAACGCAAAUAUUUGAAACCUGUGCUGCCUGAGGUGGAUGGACUGGUGUUAGACAAACCGGAUAAGAAAGCUGUCGCUAUCACAAGAAUUAAUUACGAGACACGCAGGAUCGAAACCGUGUAUCGUCCGAAGGAGGCGUUCUUACCAUAA